CAAUGUUAGAUCGAGGCUGCGCAGUGGCCUGACCCGCUCACACACCUUCCUUCCUUCUCUCUUCUCCACAACCUCAAGACAUCUUUCACUCGUUAACUGACUAGGCGACCGCACAAUCAUCAAUCAUGUCCACCAUGCAGCACUUUGGCAAAGGUGUGAUGCGUGUGGCCAAGAAUUACACCAAAGGCUAUUCGGAUGUACAAGCGAAAGUACGCGACGCAACGUCCAACGAUCCAUGGGGGCCAUCGGGCACGCAGAUGAACGAGAUCGCACAGCUGACAUACAACCAGACCGACUUCAUUGAGAUCAUGGAGAUGUUGGAUAAACGUCUCAACGAUAAAGGCAAGAAUUGGCGGCAUGUAUUCAAGUCUCUCACCGUCCUCGACUACCUCUUGCAUGCCGGUUCAGAGAACGUCGUCUUGUAUUUCCGGGACAAUAUCUACGUCGUCAAGACUCUGAAGGAGUUCCAAUACAUCGACGAAGAGGGCAAGGAUCAGGGUGCGAAUGUGCGUCAAAAGGCCAAAGACAUCACCAAUCUCCUUCAGGACGAAUCGCGGCUGCGACAAGAACGCCGCUCGCGCGCACACAUGCGCGAUCGCAUGGUACGCGGAAGGGGGCUUGAUGGCGAGGAGGUGGAGGAUGAGAACUCGCAGAGACGUUCACGCAGUCUCCCGCCACGGCAACCUGCCCGGGGUGAAACAGAUGCAGAUUUGCAGAAGGCGAUCGAGGAAAGCAAGAGAUCACUUGCUGAAGAGCAAGCCCGGGAGCGUCUCACAGCGGAAGAACGCGAUCUCCAGCAAGCAAUCCGACUCAGUGAGGAGGAGGAAGCGAACCGUGCCAGAGCGAUCGCAGAAUCAAAUCAGUCCUCACUCUUUGACGAUCAGAGCCGACAGACGAACGGUUCAAAUCCUUUCCCUCUAGUUGACACCUCUGCGAACUUGCAACCGCAGUUCACAAUACAGCCACAGAUGACAUCGUUCAACCCAUAUCAGCAGCAGAUGCAGCAGGAGGCUAUGCAAGCAGAAUACCUACGGCAGCAGCAGGAAUGGGCACAGCAGCAACAACAGCUGCAGGCUCAGCAAGCCGCACAGUUGCAAGCUGCACAACAGGAAGAAUGGGUUCGGCAGCAGCAGUUCCUUGCUAUGCAACAGCAGCAACAACAACAGCAGCAGCAACAGCAGCAGAUGCUUAUGGCGCAACCCACAGGCUUUGGGUCAAACAAUCCGUUUGCGCCUUCUCCAUCGCUAUCGACUACGUCAUUACCGUCAUUCUCUCAGCAUCUCAGUGCGUCGCCGGGGCCACAGACCGCGCCUGUAUUCAACCUCCAAGGAACGUACGCGAGCGCCAACAGUAGUCCCAGCCCAUACGCAAACGCAAACAACGCCAGCCCCGCACCAUCGUCAUCGCCACCUGCGCAGGCAUCUCCGUCCCGGCAGGGCACGCUGCAGGUGAAGACACGUGCCGACGAACAGCACGCACAUCUGGCAAACCUGUUCGCCAAUCGGGACGACGGCGUCGACACGUUCGGCAAUUUCGGGCAGCUCAGGUACGGGCAACAUGCCAAUCGCCUGGUUGGCCAGCCUACGGGACAGCCCCAGUCAAGUCACAAUCCGUUCGCCCAGCAGCAGCCUCAGCAAAGUGCAGAGCAACCGUUCUUCUCCAUAUGACAUCGGAUGUCUCUUGUUUAUCUGCCAAGCUCCUUGUUCUUCCCUUCUCGCUUAGUCUAGGUCUCCGGCUUUCGUGCGUCCUAAUUUUCCUUGAUUGGCUGUCCUGAUGUUCCCAUGCGUACCCCUUGAGUUGGACUCGUCACAACGGGUUUGCCGGCACAUGUUUGUGUCUCGGCUGCUGAUCACUCGACUGGUGGAGACAACGGAUGGGUAUGGAUGGGGGCCUUGAAGUACUCGGACAUUAUCAUAAGUAGUUGUACGUUGUCUGUUUGCAAUUUUUUUGAAUACCCUGUGAUGAAUAUCUUGAGCUGAGAACUUGUGCCUCGGUACUUAUACUG